AUGCUGGUGAAGAAGCAAGCGGUGAAAGGAGGGGGCCAGGAGCCGGGCUCAGAGGACCGGAGCCCAGCCGGGCAGCCUUGUGCCCGCCCCGUGUCCCUGUGCGCAGCCCUGGCCACCCUCCUGUCUGUGGUGGCCGUGAGUUCUUGUCUGUACCUGGGCGUGAAAACCAACGACCUCCAGGCGAGGAUCGCUGCCCUCGAGUCUGCCAAAGGAGACCCUUCCAUCCGUCUGCUGCCUGAUUGUGUGGAUCAGCUCAAAGCUAUGGUGCAAGAGAAAGUGGAGCGACUUCUGGCUCAGAAGUCCUAUGAACAUAUGGCUAAAAUAAGAAUCGCGAGAGAAGCGCCUUCAGAAUGCAAUUGCCCGGCAGGUUAUGAUGAAGUAGUGUAG